AUGGGAACUCAUGUUAUUACCUCUCAUAAACCAGAAUACUUUCACAAACAGUGUAAUAAUUGCAGCUCUCAACUAGAGUUUCCAAUACCUAAGAAUCUAACGACAUCCUCUCAAUUAUCCGUUAAGUGUUAUUCGUGUCAAAAUAUAAAUAGCUUUGAAAUAGGUCAAGAUACAACUAUACAUGCAAAUGGAACAAACUCGAGCAAACCCAGUA